CCCCCCAUGACAGAGGAUGUUGUACCAGCUCCCCAGCAGGGGGACCCAGCUGCUGCAGCACCCACCCCUGGGGAGCCAGGGGUGGGUGUGGAUGUGGAGUGUCCCAUCUGCUACCAGGAGUACGACCAGUACAACAAAUGCCCCCGGAUGCUGGAGUGCCUCCACGUUUUUUGCACAGAGUGCCUCCAGAAGAUUCAACUCUGUCGCUGCGAGCCCCCCGACCCCCACAGCCCACCAGCCAUCCCCUGCCCCCUGUGCCGCCACCUCACCCCCUUAGAAACAGGAAAUGCCCUCUCCUUACCCUGCAACUCCCGCAUCCUGGCCAGGCUGCCCCCCGUGGCCUUCCGCCUGCCUGUGACCAUGGCGACCCGCCUGGCCACGGUCACCCAGAGGGUAGUACUCUCCCUGGAGGGCGACAACAGGGACACCCGCUUCAUCAUCCUGCCCACCGUCAGCCUGAGGGUGCAGCAGAUGCACCCGGACAGACCGUACGGCACGGCGCCAGGCCUUGUGGGUGAAGAGGAAGUCAUACAGCAGAGCAAGAAGACGCUGUUCUGUGUGCAGCUGCUGGCUGUCAUCUUCUGGGUGCUGUUUGUGAUCACCUGCGUGGUCGGGGUGGUGUUUGGGCCACAUUUCUUGAACAGACAACUUUGAGAGGAAACUGGUUUUAUCUCAUUUUG